AUGGACAGCAUUCCCUGGAAACAUAUACUCGGGGACAAACUGGUGGGAGCAGAACGAGUUGAACUGCACCCCAUCGUCGAGGCCGCCCUUGUCUUCAUAGAGACCAACGGGCUCAACACACAGGGCCUAUUUCGCGUGCCCGGCAGCGCGUCGCAGGUGAAGGUGCUGAAGGAGAGCUUCAAGACCAAGAAGAAGGUGCCCGACCUCAGCGAGACGGAGCCGAACACCGUGUGUAGUCUCCUCACAGACCACCUCCGUAGCGAGGAACCACUACUUACCCACGCCCUUGCCCCACGCUGGCUGCAAGCCGCCGGGUUGCCGGAUCUGGUGGUGCGGCUCACCAAGUAUGUGGACCUCAUCAACCAGCUGCCCGUGCUCAACCACGCCACCCUCUUUGCGAUGCUGCGACUUCUGGUGCUGAUCUCGCAACACGCCGAGAAGACCCUCAUGCCCGCCACCAACCUGGGCACCAUCUUCGGCCCCAUGAUCUGCCGCCGCCUCAACUCUGACAUCGCCCAGGAGCUCAGCGACAUUCCCGCCGUGUCGAAGCUGUGCAUCGACCUCAUCACCCACUUCAGCCAACUCUUCGACUACUACGACCUUGACCCUUCCGCUAGCAGCGCCGCCGCCGGCACUGGCGGGCUCAACGACAGCCUGUCGGCCGAUUCGCCGCGCACGAAGAAGACCACGCGACGCAAGUUCCAGUUCGGCAAGGACAAGCCCUUCCACGGCGAGCGGUCCGGCGAGCGGUCCGGUGGCACGGCGUCGCCGGCGCCGGGCAGCAGCGCCGGAGGCUCGGGCUCGCCUUCGUCCACAUCGGCGCUUGCCGCGGCGGCAUUGGCGUCGGGCAACAGCAACUCACCCGUCGUUCCGUUGCAGUCUCCACUAGUUCCGGCGCCCGAGUAUGACCCAUCGGCGACGGGCGGUGAUGAAGGCGGUCGGGACCAGCCCGGCCGGGCGCGAAAGAACGCCGUGUACGGGAGAGAGGAUAGAUUGAACGACCAGCUCAAGUCGGAGCUGAGCGAGGGCGGACAGCCACGAUCGCCUAAGUCCGCGCGCGGCUUGCUUGGGUCCAUCUCCCUGGACGCCGACGAGGACGACAGCCGGCCGGAGGGUGGAUUCUACGCUAAGGGCGUAUCCAAGCCUUUGGCUGUUGGUGAUCUCGAGACUGUGCACUCCAGUGCCGCCGCUCAACCCGACGCGGAGGAGUUCCCCGAGGAAGAGGGCAAGGACGCCGAUGGGAAGAAGGACAAGAAGCGGCUGCCUGCACUCAACCUCAAGAAGCGAAAGAACUCAGUCGACAAAAAGAAGCUGCGCAUGUUCUCCCCGCGCAAGCUCUUCGACAAGGACCGCUCCAAGGCCUCUCCCGACAGCUCGUGCGACUCGUCUGACCUGGAGCGAAAGUACUACGACGGCAGCUCUUCGUCGGAACGCGAGGAGCCCACGAGAAGAUUCGGCGGACGCAAAAUCCCCUUCCGUUCGCCGCGAAGGAAAAGCUCGUCGUGGCCGGAGGCGGAAUUGGCCGAGAUGCGGCAUCGAACGGAUCAGGCAGCGAGCCACGACGAUGACUCUGAUCUGAAUGACGACAGCGACUCGGACGACUACGACGGCAGCGGAGCCGACAGCAGCGGAGCGGAGACCCCCACAUCGACAUCGUCGUCCUCGUUGUCGUCGCUCCCGGGCGGGAGCGAGCCCAAGUCGCGAGCCAAGAGCGACAUCCCACCGGGCGAGGCGCACAGCCUGGAGAUCGCUGCGGUGGUGCGAACCGAGAGGCGGAAGGGCAGCCAGAGCGAGCGCGGGCCGUCGGCCAGCGCGCGUGCGGCGGCGCGGGCGGGCAAGUCCCUCGCGGGCGCCUCGUCGGCCACGUCGAUCUCGCCGCGCGGGAAGCGACCAGACCUCGCCGACGGCGACGAGCGACUGCUGUCGUCAUCAACAUCAAACACGCCCAAGAUCUGGAUGGCGUCGGCCCCGCGGCCGCCAAACGCCACCACGACCAACAUCCUGUUCAAAUCCCCGCGCGUCGUCGGGGCGGCGGUGUCGGCCGCGGCGCUGGACGAGGCCCUCCGCGGCCAGGAGGCCAUCGCGGGCCACCUCGCGCCCGAGGAGGAGCUGGGCCUGGUCAAGUGGCGACGGCGGAUGACCGCCGGCAGCGCGCGACGGAGGCCAGCGGGCAAUGUACAUGCGGUGGCGGUGGAAGGUGGCGGCGACGACGACAGUGAGAACGGCGAGACGGAGGAGAAUGACGGACUCCGACAGCAGCAGCGGCAGCAGGUGGAAGCGCCGACGACUGGCGUGGCCUUCCUGCUGAGCAAGUACUACCUCUACAAUAACGACAACACAGGCAGUGGCGGCGCCGAGGGUAGCAGCAACGGCGUAGACACCAAGGCGGCGGAGAACGACAACAAGCAAACGCCACAGGAGCGAGAGAGGGAGAAGGAAUCGCGGGAGCGGGAGCGAGACGGUGGCGGGGCGGAAUCGGAGGGCGACACGGAGAACGACGACGAGGUGGACGACGACGGGGGCACCACCACGGAGGACGAGGGCAGCAGCGGCGGGAGCGGGAACGGCAGCAGCCACGGCGGGUCGUCGGGCGACGAGAAGGGCAGGCGGAAGCGAAACAGCGGCGCAGCGGAGGGAAAGCCGCGACGACGACGGAGUAGUAAUGCACGAAAGAAUGGCGUCGGCAGCGGCGGCAGCAACAAGAAGGCGACGACGGCCGUCAAGGACAGCAGCGGACUCAAGCUCGGCCGGAAGGUGAGGCGGGGAGAGGAGCAGGUCAGCGAGGACGAGGAAGACGAUCAUCACCUCGCGCCGCCUGCGAAGGCCUCGCCCAUCGCCAAGCGAAUCCACUCGCCACGGCCACGGGCGAGCGAGGACCACAUCGGCGGCGCUGGUGGCAACAGCAUCACCAUCGACUAA